UGUAGACCAAUUUUUGUUUGGAGCUGCUGUUCCCUGGCUGCUAAAUACUAUAUUCCUUUAACUGAGGUCAUUUCCCUUUGUUUACCGGCUUCGAGCAGGACUCGGAGAAAGAAUCUGAAAGAAAAGGCCGUGUGAAGUGCCAAUAACAUGAGACAUCUGUUGUGUCUGAUGCUGAUAUGGGCAAACCUGUCGGCAACCUCAGCUUCUGCACUCAGCCCAUCAACUGGUUUCGUGAUCGUCAGUCGUGGAGGAGUGAUAGGACUUGAGGGAAAAGCUGCUGUAUCCACUGCCGUCGGAGCAGCAGCAGCAGCCGGAGACGUGGCUGCAUUAUUGAGAUCUGUCAAAGCAGAUUAUUUCCUCAUCGACACUGUUACUGGGUGUAUCUAUGGUAUGGUGGGAGGGGCAGUGGGAGGAGCCAAAGGUGGGGCAGUCGGUGCAUGGAAGUUGUCAAAAGCCACGGGAGAUUUUUUAAGAGGUUCAGAGGUUGGGAAACUUCUUGGGAAACUACUGGGAGCAGCUGUAGGUGGUGUAACUGGUGGUGUCACAGGAGCAGUGGCUGGAUGUGUGUGGGGGGGUGAAUAUGGAGGAAAAGCUGGAGGGCAGGUGGGCGCCGUGCUUGGUGGAACAGCCGGAACUGUUACUAAAAUAGUGUUUGACCCAAUUACAUUUUUAGAAAUAGCUGCUAAGUGUUUGAAUGACGCCAUCGAUGAAAAUAAAUUUUGUGUGGAUUGGAAAGAUAUGGUAGAUGCCUUGGAGGAGGGAGGACAGACUGGGGCGGAGACAGGAAGGGAAUGGGAAGAACGGGCAAAGAAGACUUACCACUGA